AUCUGUAGUAUGAAGCGGAGGAAGCUGUUGAUGAAAAUAUUCAACAGGCUGUUAGAAAUCCUUUUCGUGACACGCAGUACAAGUUUCUGGCCCGUACGGAAGAACUGACUGAGUGACUUCACAUUUGUGUUGAAAAUCCGAAUCUCAUUGCUUAUGCUGAGGCGGAGUGCAGAAAAUUUCUAAAUUGGUUUCAGAUUGACGAAGGCGUAUCUUCUCUUUCCGAUUUUGGCUAAUUUUGAUAUAUUGAUCUGUUCCACCUGUUAUGGUUGAAAUGAUGCCUCCUAGAAAAGCGGAGGAGGCAACCUCAGUUAGGUCUCUCCCGUUGAUGGUGAUUGGUGCUGGUUUUUGUUGUUGUUUUGGUUGUGGUUCAUUGGUUAUCUUCAUCACCUCCGUCUUCUUUGUCUUCACCUUCAGUCCUAUCUUUGCUGCCAGCUUAUUUAGCCAGCCUUUCUGCUUUUCGCCUGCAAGUCUUCGAACCUGUGUGACACUAGACAUAAAUCACUCUCACGAGAAAUCCAGAUCUUCUGGAGUCUUCUUAUCGCAAGUCCAGCGUAUUCCUCCAUUCUUGCUUCUCUCUUCAUACAGUCUAACGCAUACUUGAGUCCACCACAAAUGAAAAUACCAUCGGUAGUAAUAGACAGCGAGGUUGACAUGUAGUUUACCAG